GUGAUGGUAAAAGCAGCAAAUUAAAUUAUCCUUUGUCGACUCGGUUGUGGCCCAUCGUUUGUCGCGUAACAUGCAGCACAAACUGCUGUGUUCUGUGUUUGUGUGCGAGUGUGUGUGUUUACUAGCCUGACGCCAAGGACAGCGAAUCCGCUCAGCGACAGUCAGUCAUCGACUGUGAUGCGUACCGUAAGGAGGAAGAUUGUUUUACCUUCGGUGCUCAGACAAGAACCUUAGUUUUGCUUUCUUGCUACAAUUUGAAAAGUUACUUCUAGAAACUACACACAGAAUCCAAAAUGUCACAGCAAGUGUCGUUAACUGCAAGUGUGUAAAAACGUUAAUUGAGCCCCCUAACCAACCGACACAACCACCUGACGCAGGCUGAAUUCUUCAAAAAUCACCCAACGUAAGGUACACUGUUGCCUUCGCAGCCAUCGCCGCCUACUGCUAAGUUGUGUUCACCUGCCUAAAUGCUGUAAACAAGCACUGAGAUACAUCCUGCUGAUUGUUGACUAGGAUCAACAGUAUAAUCAUCAUCGCCGUUUGCAAUUGCUUCGUAAAAAGGACAUUGCGUGUGUUGUGUGUUCUGUGUGCGUGCCUCUCUCCUGCUGCUUUGGCAUGCUGUGUAACAACAACGACGACCCGAUGAAGAAGUAGUAGUAUCCGUAUUUGGGGUUUCCUUUUUUCAGUUUCCACGAUCGUGUUGUGUUUUUUCUUAGUUUUAUUUGCAAAGACAUUCGUUUUUGUGAGUUUCUGUUACUGCGUUUUUGUAUUUAUAUUUUGUGUUUAAUAGUGUUUAAUUGUAUAGUUUAUUCUGCAGUAGAAAGAUUGCUUUCAAUCCAAAACUACCCGUAAGAGCGAGCGAGGGAGAGAUAAAGAGAUCACGUAAUAGAAAUUGAACAAGGAUAGCAAAGUUCAAACAAAUUUGCAUCGUGUAUACUAAUCCGUUUGCGUAUAAGUGUUUUGUGUAAAGUGUAUUGAACGAACGUGCAAAGUGCUCGCGCGUGUGUGUGUUUGUGUGUUUGUGUGUGCGUAUUUUAUUUUAAUUUAUUACGACACCAGAUUUCAUCUGGCACCGAGGACACACUUUGUACCCACUUCGGAACAGGAGGGCUAAGUAAACCCACAACAAAGAGAGUAAAAGAGAGAGAGAGAGGAUACUCUAGGAAAGACCAGAGCCAGACAACACGUCAAAAUGAGGAAAACCGACACACAAAUGAACGUAGCUGGCAUACGUCGCAACAUCAAGAACCUCGCCCACAACUACUCCGAUGCGCAGGUGAAGGUGCGGGAAGCCACCUCGAACGACCCAUGGGGCCCUUCGUCCACGAUCAUGGCGGAGAUUGCCGACCUCACGUACAACGUGGUGGCCUUCUCCGAAAUCAUGCAGAUGAUCUGGAAGCGCAUGAACGACCAUGGCAAAAACUGGCGGCACGUGUACAAGGCACUGCUACUGCUGGAGUACCUCAUCAAAACGGGUACGGAGAAGGUGGCGCAACAGUGCAAGGAAAAUAUCUACGCCAUCCAAACGCUGAAGGAAUUCCAGUACAUGGAGGAGGGCAAGGAUCAGGGCAUGCACGUGCGCGAAAAGGCGAAACAGCUCGUAUCGCUGCUAAAGGAUGACGAGCGGCUGAAGAACGAGCGGGCCCGUGCCCUGAAGGCGAAGGAACGUUUCGCCCGAACGGCGAGCGGGUUCGGUAGCGAUGGUUCGAUCGAUGGUCCAACGCAGCGUGACCCAAGGCCACCGAACUGGGGCGAAGGCGAACCGAUUGCGGGGGCAGCAACGAGCGGUGUCGGCAAGCCGGUGUCUGAGAUUGAGUUCGUGCGACCGCAGACGGUCGGCGAGGAGGAAUUGCAGCUGCAGCUAGCGAUGGCUAUGUCGCGCGAGGAAGCGGAACAGGAGGAGCAAAAGCGCCGCAGCGACGAUGUUCGAUUGCAGUUGGCACUCAGCCAAAGCGAGCAGGACUUCAAGAAAGACGGCGAUCCCCCAGCAGGAAGUAGCGCGUUGGUGGAUUUGUUGGACAUUUCUUUCGGAGCGGCAUCCAUAAGCAGCCCGUCUCAGCAACCGCUCGCCGGUCCCUCCGGUACCAGUGGUACGAUCGAUCCUUGGGGAAUGCCCGUUGCCGGUGGAUCCCGACCGACGACGACGGAUCCCUGGUCGCGAACCUCAUCUCCGCCGGCGGUAGUAGAUCCGUGGCUAAACACUGCAUCGGCCCUACCUACGGCGGGACCAUCCACCUCGAAACCUCCGCUGCUUGGAGCGGACACGUGGCAACCGCGCACACAAUCGCCCUCGGUAACGUCUGGUUCGUCGGUUGAGGGUUGGUUGCAAAAUGGUGCAGGUGCAGGUGCCGCUGCUGCCGCCGGACCGAUGAUGAUGAAUGGUGCCGGAGCUUCAAAUGGAAACCUGGACCCGUGGUACAGCAAAACGAAUGCUGUCCCUAUUGGAGCUACUGCGCCUCCCAUGGGCGUUGCAUCUGGCGAUCCUUGGCAAGCGAAUAAACGAUCCACGCCCGUGCCUACUGCUGCUGCUGCUGCUGCCAGUGGUGAUCCGUGGCAGGCAAACACAUCUGCUGUUAAGCUAGACCCGUGGGCUCCAGUUAGCAAUAACUCAGCCACGGGAAGUGUUGGAGAUUUGGAAGCUACCUUUGGCGCAGCUGGUGGACCUCUGAUGAAUCGACCCUCGCCCGUUGGUGCUAUCACUUCACCGGUUUCCGAUCUGGACGAGUUUGACAUUAUUACCAAGCGGGCGGCAAGCAACAACAGUAGCGGCAGCACCACCAACAACAAUAAUAAUCACAAUGCCGCUAGCAACAAUCUGAAUAACAACAGUUCACUGCUUCUCGGGGACCUAGAUCCACUGUCAUCCUCCGGCACGAACUCGAGCUCACCCAGCAUGGGCGCGUCGACGGCCGCAAAGAAGACACCGCAAUCGUUCCUCGGCGAAAACUCGGCCCUCGUAAACCUGGACAAUCUAAUCAAACCAAUGCCGAGCGGUGGCAGUGUGGCAGCAGCGGCCACAUCGUCCGCGGCUUACAAUCCGUUCGGCGAAACCGGCGGUGCCGGUGCACCCGUACAGAAGAACCUAUUCCAACAGAAUCAACCUCAGGUUCCGUCCAUCAAUCAAUUGAAACAGUCCCCGUUCCCAGUAACGCUUAAUCAGGACCCAUGGGCACCGGUUGCAAACAUGACCACAGCGCAACCAACUGCUGAUGAGGACGAAACGGAAUACUUUCCGUUCCCAACGGUUGAUGUGAAUGCAAACAGUGAGCUUUCAUCAGCCUCUUACGCACGUGCGGCUACCGAUUACCAACAGCAAUACCAACAACAGCAGCCACAAAAUUGGCCACCUCCAACGGCUCACUUGGAACACAUCGACUGUCGUCUCAACGAUACCGGUGUUACCAUCGAGGAUGACAUUUUCAACACCAACUACGCAAUCGCACCUUCCGCAGCGCCGGGUGGCAACAUCGAACGACAUCUGUCUGCUGCACAGCUGGAUAGUACGCGCCCACUGCGUCAGCUGUACGAUUUCCACUUUGCUGUCGAUGACGAUACGCUCGAUGUUGCCGGUCCUGGUGGAGGAGGGACGUCGGCUUUUACUACUACUACUACUACAGACGCUUUCAAUCAUAAUGACAAUCGUCAGGGUGGUGGCAAUAAUACGACCUUUGCUGAUACAUGUCACGCUAACAACAAUUACCACGCCAAUCUAAACAAUAACAAUAGCGCUCCCUGGAUGAAUCCUCAAUCGUCGAAUCCAUUCCUCUCGUAACCAGUUCCCACAACCCAGCUUAGAUGUCCGUGGCGCAGUGCGCCCCUGGCAACAUCCGCAGAACCUUCGUGCUCUCGACCCAACCAUUAGCAAGGGUGCAAUCAAAAUGAGCUUGUUAUGUGUAUGGAACAUGAAGCAAGCGCCGAGAGGGCGUUGAGAUACAAUCACAAGAGGGGGUAGUAGAUGAAAAAGGUGAGAAGAAAGGCACGGAUAACGUGAAAUGUAAACCUAACCAAACCAAGUUUUUAAAAAAUGGAGAGGGAGAACAGUAGCAGAACCCAGGAGGCAAUACGACACUAAACUCACACUAACCAACCAACCAAGAAUAGGGUAGUGAAGCAAAAUCAAGCAAACAGGAAUAGAAUACAUCGAGCUAGUUUUCUACGUUUCUAACCGGAACCGGAAAUCACCUUUAA